AUGCUAUUAGCCCAGGAAGAAGCGCGCGAAGAAGAAGAUCCGGAAGUGAUGUCACAGAUAACAGAUUCUCACGUGACGAUGACAAUGGGCGACAUUAUGGAAGCUGGGGUGGAUACGUCCCGCUACACCCUGUUGUGGACGCUAUUGUACCUGGCCAUGCACCCGGAGAUCCAGGACAAGGUGCACGAGGAGGUGGAUCAAGCCCUAGGUGAGCGUCGAUUUCCCCGUGUGUCCGACAGGAGUGAGCUCCCCUACACCGACGCUGUACUGCACGAGAGCAUGAGAAUUUCUACAGUACCGCCUCUUGGCCAACCGCACACCACACUCUGUGAUACCAAAGUCGGGGACUACGAUAUUCCUGAAGGUACCAUAGUCAUCAUAAACCAUUACGCUCUGCAUCAUGACCCGGAACAAUGGCGUGACCCGGAAGUAUUCAGACCGGAAAGGUUUCUGGACCAGACAGGCAAGAUGGCGCCUAAACCAGAGAGUUGGCUUCCGUUCUCCGCCGGAAGAAGAGUGUGUCUUGGCGAGAGCGUUGCCAAACCUGAGCUUCACCUCUUGUUGGCUGGAAUUAUGAGACACUUCAAAAUUUCCCUCCCGCCUGGAACCGAAGUGAACUUUGAACCGUAUGGGGGAUCCUUUGCAAAUGUACCACGGGACUUCAAUAUUGUAGCAGAGUCAAGGUUAUAG